AUGACCUGGUUGGUGCUGCUGGGGGCACUGCUCUGCAUGCUGCGCGUUGGGUUAGGCACCCCGGACUCCGAGGGCUUCCCGCCCCGUGCGCUCCACAACUGCCCCUACAAAUGUAUCUGCGCUGCCGACCUGCUAAGCUGCACUGGCCUAGGGAUGCAGGACGUGCCGGCCGAGUUACCUGCCGCUACUGCGGACCUCGACCUGAGCCAUAACGCGCUCCAGCGCCUGCGCCCCGGCUGGUUGGCGCCCCUUUUCCAGCUGCGCGCUUUGCACCUAGGUCACAACGAACUAGAUGCGCUGGGUCGCGGCGUCUUCGCCAACGCCAGCGGCCUGAGGCUGCUCGAUCUAUCAUCUAACGCGUUGCGGGCGCUUGGCCGCCACGACCUCGACGGGCUGGGGGCGCUGGAGAAGCUGCUUCUGUUCAAUAACCGCUUGAUGCACUUGGACGAGCAUGCCUUCCACGGCCUGCGCGCGCUCAGCCAUCUCUACCUUGGCUGCAACGAACUCGCCUCGUUCUCUUUCGACCACCUGCACGGUCUGAGCGCCACCCACCUGCUUACUCUGGACCUCUCCUCCAACCGGCUGGGACACAUCUCCGUACCUGAGCUGGCCGCGCUGCCGGCCUUCCUCAAGAACGGCCUCUAUUUGCACAACAACCCAUUGCCUUGCGACUGCCGCCUCUACCACCUGCUACAGCGCUGGCACCAGCGGGGCCUGAGCGCCGUGCGCGACUUUGCGCGCGAGUACGUAUGCUUGGCCUUCAAGGUACCCGCGUCCCGCGUGCGCUUCUUCCAGCACAGCCGCGUCUUUGAGAACUGCUCGUCGGCCCCAGCUCUUGGCCUAGAGCGGCCGGAAGAGCACCUGUACGCGCUGGUGGGUCGGUCCCUAAGGCUUUACUGCAACACCAGCGUCCCGGCCAUGCGCAUUGCCUGGGUUUCGCCGCAGCAGGAGCUUCUCAGGGCGCCAGGGUCCCGCGAUGGCAGCAUCGCGGUGCUGGCCGACGGCAGCUUGGCCAUAGGCAACGUACAGGAGCAGCAUGCGGGACUCUUCGUGUGCCUGGCCACUGGGCCCCGCCUGCACCACAACCAGACGCACGAGUACAACGUGAGCGUGCACUUUCCGCGCCCAGAGCCGGAGGCUUUCAACACAGGCUUCACCACAUUGCUGGGCUGCGCCGUGGGCCUGGUGCUCGUGCUGCUCUACCUGUUCGCCCCACCCUGCCGCUGCUGCCGCCGUGCCUGCCGCUGCCGCCGCUGGUCCGGAACACCCAGCCCGCUCCAAGAGCUGAGCGCACAGUCCUCAGUACUCAGCACCACACCGCCAGACGCACCCAGCCGCAAGGCCAGCGUCCACAAGCACGUAGUCUUUCUGGAGCCAGGCCGGAGGGGCCUCAAUGGCCGCGUGCAGCUGGCAGUAGCUGAGGAAUUCGAUCUCUACAACCCUGGAGGCCUGCAGCUGAAGGCUGGCUCUGAAUCCGCUAGCUCCAUAGGCUCCGAGGGUCCCAUGACGACCUAGACUGCCCAGGGCUCCCCCACCCAGGCCCCCACCCUCUUGCUGCUCGCCCUGCUCCCUGCUUCGGUCCAGAGAACUGGCAGAUGCUGGUGGGAAGCACUGUGCCUGGGCCCCCAGCUUCCUGUAUGGGCCUCGAAACACAAUGGGCCUUCUCGCUCACUGGUAGAGACAGGGGCUGUAGUCCCCAACCUGCCUUCUGCUCUGCCCCUGCACCGGACCCAAAGGCCCCAGGCCCUGCAAGGUGUGCUAGUGCCUGCUUUCCCGGGGACUUCCUAGUGCCCAAAUGCCCUGUGAGGCUGAGAGACCCAGGCCCCUGUGGCUUUCAACACAGCACAGCCGUGGAAGUGGCUGUGUUCUUCUACAGCCUGUGGAAGAACCCCUGUAGCAGAGCCCCCUGUCCACCCUCAGGGGCCAAGGCAGCUCUCGAGGAGUGGUGCUGAAGAGCUGACGCAGGGCCGCCUCCCCUUCCCAAGGCGGGGGGAGGGAGUGGGCCCAUAGGGAAAAGAAGGCGGCUCUGAAGGAGGAUCUCGCCCACACCCCAGGACAGAAAGAGGAAACAAGCCCGCCCUCUGGUGAAAUGGGACUCCCUCCAUCCACCAACACCCAACCUCCUGAAAGCUUCACAACUUCACGCGGAGUCCGGUGGGCAGGCACCAGGCAGGAAAGGCUCCUCAAGAGGUUCCUGGGGGUCUGGCCUAAGCCCCAGCCAGAGACCCUGCUCUCUCUGGCCUGGGGCAUCCAGCCGUUGUUCUGAAGGCAGAGCCCAUUCUGUGGGCUCACAAGACACAGUGAAGGGGAUCAUGGCUUGCGCCCCUGCUUUUCAGCAGUAAAAAGCCCGAAAAGCCUGGUGAGCAUGGCCGAGCUGGGAGGGCCGAGCCGGAACUCCAUGUCCCUCGAGAGCAGAAGCCUCUUAAGGGCUGGCACUGGUCUCAGCCUAAUGGCUGAGGCGGUGCCCUGGCUUCACAUGCAUCUCACUGCUCCCACUGCAGGGGAGGCAGGGAAGGGGGGUCUGGGAGCCCUUCAUGUGUGGGGGCCGAGCUGGGGGCCCCCAUGGCCAUCCUGGACCCCGCUGCUCCAGAGUUUAAUAAAGGCAGCACAUGCUUAUUGCUAGAGCCUUUGCAGACAA